CCAUGAAGUGGGCAGUGGUGUGGUUGUGUUUCUUCAGUUUUUCUGUUGAAAUUCAAGCCAAACAGGUUCGAAACCAUGUCAACAACAUCUGCAGCACUUGGGGCACACAGCACUUUAAGACAUUUGAUGGUGAUGUGUACCAGUUUCCUGGCUUGUGUGAGUACAAUCUGGCCAAGGACUGCCAUGGUUCUGACCCAAAGUUCUCAGUGAACGUUAAAAGGGAGGAAAAUGAUGGAAACAUUGCAAUAAGUUACAUAUCAAUAACUAUCAAUGAAAAUGCAUUCUACCUAAACAAGAGCCAUGUCACUGAAAACAGUAAACUAGUCAGCCUUCCACAUUACAGUAGAGGCGUAAAGGUGGAAGAAAGUGCAUUUUACAUCAGUUUUCAAGCUUCAAGAGUUGGCAUCACUGUCAUGUGGAACCGUGAAGAUGCAGUCAUGGUGGAAGUUUCAAAUAACUAUAGAAACAAAACCUGCGGACUUUGUGGAGACUUCAAUGGUGUUCCUGUCUAUGAUGAGUUCAUUGCCAAUGGUUUUAAAAUCAGCCCCAUUGAGUUUGGAAACAGCCAUAAAAUCCAUCUACCAAAUGAUGACUGCAAAGACCCGUAUGAAGACGAAGAUGAGUCAUGGAAGCCUGGAAAUGUGUCAAGUUCUUGCAAGAAUUUUCAAACCAUCUGUGAAGAAGCAUUUCUCUCCAAAUCCUGGAGUUCAUGCAAUGAACAAAUUGACCCUGAAGCUUACAUUCAUGCAUGUGCCAUAGACAUGUGUGCCUGUAACAACAGCACCAAUGACUCCUGUGUCUGCAGCACAAUGUCUGAGUUUUCUCGUCAGUGUUCCCACGCAGGAGGACAGCCACCUGACUGGAGAUCUCAAUUGUGUGCUAAACAGUGUCCCUACAACAUGAGGUAUGAAGAAAGUGCUUUUCCUUGCGUGGAUACUUGCACACAUCAGGAGACAAGAUUAAUGUGUGAGGACCACAAAAUAGACGGUUGCUUUUGUCCUGACGGAACUGUGUUUGAUGAUAUUUCUGAGAGGGGCUGCAUCCCUCGGUCUGAGUGUCAGUGCAAGCAUGACAGAAUCUACAACUCCGGAGAGGUUUACCGUCAAGAAAAUACAAACUGUACUUGUUCAAAAGGGAAAUGGGAAUGUGACAGCUUUGAGACACCUGUUGCCACAUGUGCAGUUGAGGAAGGUUCACAUUUCACAACAUUUGAUGGCACAGCCUAUACCUUUCAUGGAAACUGUCGCUAUACCCUGGCCAACGUGGAAAGCAAGGAUGGAACAAGUCCAAAUUUUACCAUUCGAGCCUUGCUGGAACCAUGUGCCCAACAAAAGUAUGACACUUGUUUGAAGGCUUUAAAACUCCAUCUGCACGAUGAUCAUGUCUUAAUGUUCACAUCUGAUGGCACAGUUCAGCAUGAUCAAAAAAUCUUGACUUUGCCGUACUUCUCAGGACCCAACAGAGUGUGA